AAAAUAAUACAAUAAUAAUAGUUUAAUAUCAAUAAAUUGUUAUAUUAGAUAUUUAUUAUAAUUUUUUUUAUUUUAAUAGACCUUGUAUUAUUAAUAACAACAACUAAAGUUAUCAUUUAUUAAAACUGUAGUUUUGGAAUUAAGAUUAUACAUUGUUUUUUAUUUAAAUAAAAGACCACUAAAAUAAUUUUUUUUUAUUUGGGUAUUAUUUAUUUAUAAAAUAAUAAAAGUUAUCAAUUUUAAUACUAUUUAUUUAUUUUUUAAGUUACAAAUAAUUAUAAUAUUUACAAAUACAGUAUAAAAAAAAUAUUUUAGAAAAUGGAUAGUAGCGGUGAUACAAUCGAAACAUAUAAACCUCAAGGUUUUCAUACACCAUCUCCAAUGCGAAAAUCACAAAGAAGAGGUUCAUUCUCAUCAAUAUUAAGAAGAAGCUCAAUAGUUUCUACCAAUAGAAGAUCAUCAAGAGAUUUAACAGGCGAAACAGAUGAAAAAAUGUUAAAAUAUCUCAGUUCAAUUAGUUUCAGAAAGGAUUUAGAGAUGAGCGACGAUGCUUCAUCAUAUAUGAGCGAAACUGCAUCAGAUAUUGAUAUAGGUGACUAUGAUCCAAGUGAUUGGUUUUUAGAAGAGGAUCAGGAGGAUGAAGAAGAGCCUCUAUUUACAAUAUUAGAAAAAAAAGGAUUAGAGGACCAAAUUAAAGAAAUGGCAAAUACUUUAUCCGAUCAAAUUGAUUUAAAACCCGGAAAUGCAAUUUUAUUAUUACAAUAUUUUAAAUGGGAUGUUGAUAGAAUAUUAUCAGAGUAUUUUGAAGAUCCAGAAUCAUACUGUUCGAAAGCUGGUAUAAUCAAUCCAUCAAAUGCAAGUAAUUAUGAUAAUACAUCAAUUUCUCACUUCCCACAAAACUCAGUCUGUAUUAUUUGCUUUGAACAAUCAAAUGGUGACUUUUAUAGUUUGCCAUGUGGCCAUGGUCCAUAUUGUUUAGGCUGUUGGAAAACAUAUCUUCAUCAAGAAAUGCAAAGUUGUGGUAGUGAAAUUAUACAUUCAAAGUGUAUCUAUCCAUUAUGUAAUGGUAAACUUACAUAUGAAAACUGGAAAGAUUUAGCAAGUGAAAGAGAUUAUAAUAGAUAUUGGUAUUUUGUAACAAAAGAUUUUGUUAGUAACGAUAAACAUUUAGAAUUUUGCCCAAAUCCAACCUGUGGUAAUGCAAUUAAGUUUUCUGGUGUUGGUAGACCAAGUGAUGUUGUCGAAUGCCAUUGCGGCACUCGUUUUUGUUUUAGUUGUGGUAGUGAAAAACAUAAUCCAGUAAGUUGUGCCCAAUUAAAGGAAUGGAAAUCUAAAAAUAGUAAUGAUCAAGAAAGUCUUAAAUUAAUUAAAGCAACAUGUAAACCUUGCUAUCAUUGUGGCAUGCCAACAGAGCGUAUACAAGGAUGUAAUCAUAUGGUAUGUCGUAAAGAGCAAGGUGGUUGUGGAGGAGAAUGGUGUUGGAUGUGUAGAGGACCUUGGAAAACACAUGGUCAACAUACAGGAGGUUUUUAUAGUUGUAAUAAAUAUGAACAAUCAGAUGGUAAAAAAGCAGAUGAAAGUUCAGCAAUGGUUAAACAAGAAUCGGAUCGUUUCCUUCAUUAUUUUACACGUUACUUCAAUCAUGACAUGUUAAUGAAGCACGCUAUAAAAAUGAGAGAAGAAGAAAUGGAAGAUAAAAUGAACCAGUUCCGUGAAUUGACAAAUCUUAAUCCCGAUUUCCUUCAAGAAGCAAUCGAACUUUUAAUAGAAUGCCGUAGAAUUUUAAAGUAUACUUAUGUUUUUGGUUAUUAUCUUUCUGAUAAUGUACCAGGUAAAACAUUUUUCGAAUAUCAACAAGCCAAUGCAGAGGGUAUCACGGAAUUACUCUCUGAAUCUGUAUAUAUCAAUGUAGCUUUAAUCAAUGCUGAAGAUAUGAAAAAUAGAGUACGUGUAACAAAGAAAUAUAUUACUAAUCUUGUAAAAUCAAUUGAAGAAGGUUUAGGUUUAGAUGGUUUGGGUCUAUCUUCACAAAUUUCGGGGGAUAAAUAA